AUGAUACACCACGGGUUGUUCUACCAAAAGGAUGAUAUACCACGGGUUGUUCUACAAAAGGAUGAUACACCACAAGUUGUUCUACAAAAGGAUGAUAUACCACGGAUUGUUCUACAAAAGAAUGAUACACCACAAGUUGUUCUACAAAAGGAUGAUAUACCACGGGUUGUUCUACAAAAGAAUGAUACACCACAAGUUGUUCUACAAAAGGAUGAUAUACCACGGGUUGUUCUACAAAAGGAUGAUAUACCACGGGUUGUUCUACAAAGGGAUGAUAUACCACGGAUUGUUCUACAAAAGAAUGAUACACCACAAGUUGUUCUACAAAAGGAUGAUAUACCACGGGUUGUUCUACAAAAGAAUGAUACACCACAAGUUGUUCUACAAAAGGAUGAUAUACCACGGGUUGUUCUACAAAAGGAUGAUAUACCACGGGUUGUUGAUGAUACACCACUGGGUGUUCUACAAAAGGAUGAUACACAUCGGGUUGUUGUACAAAAGGAUGAUAUACCACGGGGUGUUCUACAAAAGGAUGAUAUACCACGGGUUGUUCUACAAAAGGAUGAUACACCACGGGGUGUUCUAGGAGAGGAUGGUAUACCACGGGUUGUUCUACAAAAGGAUGAUAUACCACGGGUUGUUCUACAAAAGGAUGAUACACCACAAGUUGUUCUACAAAAGGAUGAUAUACCACGGGUUGUUCUACAAAAGGAUGAUACACCACAAGUUGUUCUACAAAAGAAUGAUACACCACAAGUUGUUCUACAAAAGGAUGAUAUACCACGGGUUGUUCUACAAAAGAAUGAUACACCACAAGUUGUUCUACAAAAGGAUGAUAUACCACGGGUUGUUGUACAAAAGGAUGAUAUACCACGGGUUGUUCUACAAAGGGAUGAUACACCACGGGUUGUUCUACAAAGGGAUGAUAUACCACGGGUUGUUCUACAAAAGGAUGAUAUACCACGGGUUGUUCUACAAAAGGAUGACAUACCACGGGUUGUUGUACAAAAGGAUGAUAUACCACGUGUUGUUCUACAAAGGGAUGAUAUACCACGGGUUGUUGUACAAAAGGAUGAUAUACCACGGGUUGUUGUACAAAAGGAUGAUAUACCACGUGUUGUUCUACAAAGGGAUGAUAUACCACGGGUUGUUGUACAAAAGGAUGAUAUACCACGGGUUGUUCUACAAAGGGAUGAUACACCACGGGUUGUUCUACAAAGGGAUGAUAUACCACGGGUUGUUCUACAAAAGGAUGAUAUAACACGGGUUGUUCUAGGAGAGGAUGGUAUACCACGGGUUGUUCUACAAAAGGAUGAUAUACCACGGGUUGUUCUACAAAAGGAUGACAUACCACGAGUUGUUCUACAAAAGGAUGAUUUGUAG